CUCCACUCUCUCCAAACAAAAAGCAUAAUUGUCCAUCCAAGCAGAGCAUAAUUGACGACCGGAACGCUAACUCCCAAGUGCCAACUGCCAAGUGGCUGACUCGCCGACCGCCCUAUCUACGACGCUUGGCCGCCUCCCUCAGCUCGCCCUGCCCCUGCUUGGCUGCCGUACUGGCGGUACAGCAGUCCUCACUCGGUCACUCCUCACUUCAUCAGCCUUCUGGUGCGCCCCGCUCUGCCUACUGCGGUUCAGCGCUUCGGCUAAUCGUCCCUUCUCAGUUCUCACUUUAAGGCUUCACGCUUGAGCAGCAGGCUCGGCCCUGGACCUGUGCAUGAGGUGUGGGUGAACACGGCCCCAAUUUGAAGAGGAGCCUCAUUCUUUAACACCCUCAAUACCAAUUAGGAGGGAUACUGAGUAAUAUAUUUAUUAAGUUUUGGUUUGCGCCUCUUCGAAACACAGAAUUGCUUCCUUAAUCGAUCCGCUUAUCGCUUCAACUUCCGUAUAUCUUGGCUUCUCAUCACUAGCUCAUGGUGUGCAAGAGACUGGUCGCCUGAGAGUCUAUGAUUGUUGCAGUCUCCGCUAGACUCCGAAAGGUGCAAUCACUCUUUAGAUCCGAGAGAUCAUGAACCAAGACUUCACUAUUAGGUUCCACCGUUACAACAAGAAUGGUCCUCCAAUAUCUCAGGGCUGGGCCUGUGCAGCAGCUCAGAGUUUCUAACUCCGCACUCAUUGAUGGCAUCUUCCUCACCCUACAAAAGCUCAUAUGCUUUCACACCCAAACUGAUCCUCAUUCAAUUCCCAAUACUUCUUUGCCCUCUUCACACUGCAGUUCCAUCAUCCAAAGAGUUUGUUCUUUGGUAUACUGGUCUUAUAACAAUCAAGAACAUAACCACUUCAAAUCAUCACAUCAAAAACUGAGAUUGCCUAUCGAUAUCGAAAUUUUGACUCCAGAACAAUGCAUUACUGUUGUGGCUUCUCUGGCAGAUGAGGCAGGCUCCAUGGCCGCCUUGAGUUUCUUUUAUUGUGCAAUUGAAUAUCCAAAAUUCCGGACCUUUAUAAGGCUUUACAUUGUUUCAUCAAUGUGCUUGAUGAAAAAUGGAAAUUUUGAGAAAGCCCAUGAAAUCAUGCAUUGCAUGGUCAAGAAUUUUGGUGAGAUUGGGAUGUUGAAGGAAGCUGUAGAUAUGGUUUUUGAAAUGUGUAACCAAGGAUUGGUUUUUACUGCGAGGACUUUAAACUGCAUUAUUAGUGUUGCUGCUCAAGUGGGGUGUAUAGAGAUUGCUGAGAAUGUGUUUGAGGAAAUGUGUGAAAGAGGCCUUUGUCCAGAUUCUUUUUGUUUUAAGUCGAUGGUAGUUGCUUACUGUAAAUUAGGGAGAGCCGCAGAUGCAGAUAGAUGGAUGAUUGCAUUGCUGGAUAGGGGUUUUAUCGUGGACAAUGCAACCUGUACAUUAAUUGUGAGCGUGCUUUGCCAAAAGGGAUUUGUGAAUAGGGCGUUUUGGAUCUUCAAUAGGUUAACUGUACUGGGCUUGAUUCCAAACUUGAUAAAUUUUACUUGUUUGAUAAACGGGCUUUCUAAGAGAGGCAGUGUUAGACAAGCAUUUGAGUUGUUAGAGGAAAUGGUUGCAAAAGGUUGGAAACCCAAUGUGUUUACCCAUACAUCAUUAAUUCAUGGCCUGUGUAAGAAGGGCUGGACCGAAAAGGCAUUUAGGCUUUUCUUGAAACUAGUGAGGAGUGAGGCUUACAAGCCAAACGUGCAUACAUAUACUGUGAUGAUCACUGGAUAUUGCAAGGAGGAAAAAUUGAAUCGCGCAGAGAUGCUUCUUACUAGGAUGCAGGAGCAAGGGUUGGCCCCAAAUGCUCAAACUUUUACUUCACUCAUUGAUGGGUAUUGCAAAGUAGGCAAGUUCAGUCGUGCUUAUGAGUUGAUGGAAGUAAUGAAGAGUGAUGGAUUGUCACUUGGUAUUACUACAUACAAUUCUGUCAUUAAUGGACUCAUGAAGAAGGGAGAAGUUCAAGAAGCAUAUAAAUUGCUGAAGAAAGCAUUCAGAGCUGGACUCUCUGCAGACUUAGUGACAUAUACCAUUCUCAUAUCAGACAGUUGUAAAGGCACUGACAGUAGGCUAGCCUUUGCAUUUUGGUGUAAGAUGGUCAAACGUGGUAUCAGCCCUGACAUGCAUACAUACACCACAUUAAUUGCAGCCCAAUGCAGGCAAAAGAGGAUGAAAGAAAGUGAAAAACUUUUUGAUGAUGCAGUUAGAUUAGGUUUGGUUCCAACCAAGGAAACCUUCACAUCAUUGAUAUCCGGAUACUGUGGAGACGGAAAAAUCAGUUCAGCUAUUAAGUUAUUCGAUAUCAUGGGAGGAUAUGGUUGUGCACCUGAUUGCGUUACUUAUGGUGCUCUGAUUAGUGGUCUAUGCAAGGAGUCAAUGUUGUUUGAGGCCAGAAACCAGUAUGAUUCAAUGAUGGAUAAAGGAAUUACCCCAUGUGAAGUCACACGGUUAACAAUAGCGUAUGAGUUUUGCAAGAAGGAAGACCCUUCCACUGCAAUGAUCCUCUUAGAUGGAUUAGAAAAAAAAUUAUGGACUCGUACGAUCAAUACAUUGAUCCGAAAGUUGUGCAGUGAAAAGAAAGCUGACAUGGCUUCAUUGUUUUUCCACAAAUUGUUAAAUAUAUGCCAAACUGUCGAUCAAAUAACUCUUAAAGCCUUCAUGACUGCAUGUUAUGAUGGCCACAAGUACGAACUUCUCUCCAGUGUAAACAAAAGGAUUACAAAAGAUCAUCUUUGCUCUUCUGUUGUACAGUUUGAGGAGUCAAAAUGCUAGAACCUGAAAAAGUUUCAAGCGGUUCUUCUAGCCAACGGCUAAAUGUCUUUUGGAUUUUGGAUGUGGUUAAUGGCUUACUGCAACAUCUAGAUGAGGCAUUUUUAAUCUGUUGCUAUCGAAGGUAUUUGCCAAGCACUGAGAUGUAUGUGUCAUUAAUGUGUCCACAGUGUUAAGCAUAUUCUGCUUUCUGAAUAAUUAAAAAAAUUAGUCAACGUAUUAUACAAAAAGCCUUUGUAAUGCAGUUUCAAUUAGGUUAUCUUACACACUGCUAAACAGCGUCAGCUAAAACACUCAGUUGUCCUAUCUUCACAAAAUUUUCAUUUUGCUAAAACACCUAAAUGGUGCAUAAACUUGUGGACUUUCUGGGCUUGUCUGGUUUGGUUAUCUAAAUGGUGCACAAGCCGCAUAGAAGGAAAUUGUGAAAGUUGACAAUGUGAGUUGUAGGUUUAAAUAAUGUAGCUUAGAAUAGCUUCAACUAUUUUAUGAAAAAUGUUUUGGCUAUUUUUUGGGUUUACUGGUUCAAGUUACAUGAAAUUCAGAGAUUGCAUUUUCAUCAAAUUCGAUUAAACUUAUCAGUUGGAAACUAGGUCCUAAGCUUGUGGCUGGGGCAUUUCAAUUGCUGCGCCGUUACUUGUGAGGUAAGCACCAAAGUUACUUUUGUUACUUAUGAGGUAAGCACCAAAGUUACUUUUGUUGCCUAUGUUAUCACGCGCAUCCUAAAUUCUGCAUUUUAAGCUUUUACUUUGAGCCUUUCACUCCAUGUAGGCAUAAGGUGUGCCAUGUGUAAUGAGCUACCAUACUUGUCACGGCGGUAAGUCGAGUCGCGGCGCCAGCCGACCGCCAUAUCCCCUAGGCGAUAAGGCGCCCGCAACAAUUAGGCGACUAGUCGCCUAUAUAUGUAUAAUGGGAGCGGUUCCGGUAAGAACAGAUCUUAGGAGAAAAAUGAGAACGGAUCUGGACCGUUGGAUUGUAUUAUGUGGAACCAAAUUGUGCAUUUGGUGAAACUGAAAUGUGCAUUAAAUGAUAUUGAAAUGUGCAAAAUAAAAAUUUAAACUCAAGUGUGCAUUAGAUUAAACUGAUAUGUGCGAAAACGAAGUGCAAAAAUAACAUCACAUCGUACAUUUUAUUCUGCACAUUUCAGCUUCACCUAGUGCACAUUUCAAUUUCACGUAAUGCACAAUUCAACUGUACAUAAUGCCACUCUAUCGUACCCUUUGUGAUGCACAUUUCAAUUUCACCUAAUGCACAUUACAGUUUUAUCUAAUGCACAUUGAAUUUCACUUGAAGCAAAUCUAACUGUCCAGAUUCGUUCUAAUUUCUCUCAUAAGAUCGUGUUCUUAUUUGAAUCAAAACCUAUGUAUAAUAUUAUAUAUAUAACUAUGUACUUAUCUAUAAUUAUAUACUCCGUAUAUACUCCCUCCGUUUCAGUUUGGUUGACAGUUUGAUUUGUCAACAUUUAAGGAAAACAUUUACUAAGGGGUAAAUUUUACUGUUUGGGCACUGUUUGGACACUAUUUGAACACUGUUUGGACACUGUUUGACACUGUUUGGCACUGUUUGACACUGUUUUGUUUACCAAAUGGGAAGUGUGGCAUUCAUUUUGAAACGUCCAAAAAAGGAAAGUGUGUCAACCAAACUGAAACGGAGGGAGUAAUAAAUUAAUGGUUUAAUAGUUCAUUAUUAAACUAAUACGAGCAUAUCAGUAUAUCACCAUUUGCCAGUCCAGCACUUCAUUAUAUAGCAUAUACUACGUAAUAAAUACUUCGUAAUAAAUUAACUGUUUUAUAGGUUAUUUUUAAACUAAUAGUCUAUAAAUUAAUAAAUUAAUGCGCAGUGUAUAUGCGUAUAUGCGUAUAUACAUAUACGCAUAUAUUGAUAUACAUAUAUAUGUAAUUAUAUAUACCACUUAGUUAAUUAAAAUAUUAAAAAGUUAAAUCCACUACAUUGCUACAUGGGAAGUGAAUAAGAGAUCGGUGGAAUGGUCGUCUGAUUUAAGCCUUCAACGACGGACUGGGGGGACAGCGACUGGAGAGACCGGUUACUUCUGCUUCCUGAAGUUGUACAGUAUGUCAGAGCUACUAUAUGUUCUCUUCUUCUAUUAACUUACCGUAUGAUAUGAAGUGCAACUAACUUUAAUUAGUUUUAAAAAUGAUACUAUGUAUGGUUUAUGGAACCCUCUAUCAUACAAUCAUAUAUACAAAUAACAUAAUGCUCUCACCUAUAUGAACCUAUAAUUUGCGAUCAAGGUAAACUUAGACUCCGUACUACAUUAUUUAUAGGGAAAAAUAAUUAAAAUACCCCAAACUUUGAAGAAGUGUGAGGUAAGCACCCCAAACUUGCAUAUAUAAUUUAAAUACUCUAAACUUUAUAUAAAUAGUUAUUUUUGCACCUUAGUCAUGGAUAAUUUUUUUCUUAAAUGACAAUUUUUUGUGUGAAUUUCACAAUUUAAAAUAUUUUAGCAUUCAUGAAGAUACAAUUAACAUUCUAAACUUCCAUUGUAAAAUAAAUAGUAUUAACCCCCACUCUAUAUAAUUGCAAAGUUUUCGAUUUGAUAUUUUAAAUUAUGCAAUUAACAUCAUAAAUUUACAUUUUUGAAAGAAAUGAUAUAUGACCAUGGUGUUAAAAUAACAUUUUAUAUAAAGUUUGGGGUAUUUAAAUUACAUAUGCAAGUUUGGGGUGCUUUUCUCACACCCCUUCAUAGUUUAGGGUAUUUUAAUUAUUUUUCCCUUAUUUUAUUUUUGCAUUUAUUACAUCUGCACAUGAUGAAUUAUUUAUUUCUUGAGCUGCAAUGUGCAAGCAUAGGGCCAUAGGCAAAACUUAUCUUUAAAAUGAUCCUUUCCAGUUUUGCGUUAUACGGGAACAACAACAUUCAAGCUUCACUCACUCAGGUCGGCUAACAUGAAUUGAUAUAUGACAUUGAAGUUAAAAAUAAUAGGAAAUAAGUACCGGUUAAAUAUAUACAAAAAAAGGUGUGCACAAGUACAACUUAAAAAUUUGUACAUUUAAUUUUUACAAAAAUGCUAUUUGUACCCAUUAUAAUACCCACCAUAUACCCACUAUAUAUACUCCCAAAAAUUAAUUACUCUCUUUCACCUCUUUUACCCCUUCCCAUCUCUCCUCUCUCCCCCUCCAUUCAUCUAGGCCCUUUCCCUCCUCCCCCUCUUCGGUUCUUCCUACGCCCCUUUCCCUCCUCCCCUUCUUCGGUUCUUCCUACGCCCCUUUCCCUCUUCUUUAUUUAUUCUUCUACAAAAUCUUUCAAUUACCAACAUAGCUCAAUUCAGGAAAAUCAUGAGAGUUUCUUUCUUUCCCUCACAUGUAAUACAACCGUUCCAGCUCUAAAACUUUGAAUGUUGAGCUAAUAAUUUACUUCACUUUAUUUUGGCUUUUAUGUUUAUACUUUUUUUCUUUUUCAGAUUUAUAUGUAUCUUGUUAUGUUGAAAGAACAGAUUUUAGUAUGAUGUUGAAUGUAUGAUUAUUUUGUUUCAUUCUUAUGGACUGGUGAUGCUAAAUCAUGAAAUUUCAGUUAAACUAUUCUACUUUAUUUUUAUGCACAUGACAUGUUUGUUUAAAUGUUUCACUGAAAUUUAAAUGAAUGUUUUUUGAAGUUGUUAUUACAGUUGUAGUUGUUUUAUAUAUGUUGUUUGUCAUCAUAAAAUUGCAUAUAUUAUUCAUGUAAAUUUCUAAGAUGAACUUGUUUUUUUGGAUUAAUUUGUAAACUGUAAUGUAUACUUAUGGUUCAGAAUUUAUUUGAGGUAAAAUGAGAGAAUAUGGGAAAGGAGAAGGUUAGAACUUCUCACCGUAUGCUUAUUUAUAUUGUUUGUGCUUGGUUAAAAUAUUGUUUGUGUGUUCAUUUAUUUUGUUUGUGCGUAGAUAAUAUUUGUCUGUGUGCUCGUUUAUAUGUAAUGAUGUUGAUGCAAUUUUUGUGUGUGAAAUGAGUAAAGUCGAGAAUGUUUCUUAAUGUUUGUCAUUGAAUUUAAUUCCUUUUAGCAGAUGCUUAAGAAUCAUGAAUUUAAAUGCUUUUAACAGGUGUUUAACAACAUGGCAUGCUUGGGAGCUCUAACUAGGGCAAAUAUCUCUCUCUAUAAGGAAGUUUGUACCAAAAGUUUAAACCAUGAGAAAAUGCUGAAAAAUGAUUGAUCAACCGAAGAUUGGGAAAGUACUCUAAAGACUUUGCUUCGUUGGAUGCAUAUACUGUUUGGAGAAAUAAAGACCUCUGACUUCGUGCUAAUACAAUUGCAUUAUUGUAAAAAUGUUCUAUUUUUUUAAUUUAUAUAAUUGGUGUUAUUUCAGACUCUUGUAUAAUAAUUGGAGUAAUAAAUGAAAAGUUUGAUCUUUUUUGUUAUAGUCAUCGAAAUGGGCUAAUGUAUUAAGUAGAAUCGUGUAUGAACUAGAUUUGAAUCG